AGUGGUGGCCGGCGGGGCGGAGGACCGAGCGGUGUGGACCCGGCCGGGUCAGACCCACACCGGAGACGCGCCACGGGCCGAUCUGGAGGGCGCUAGUGCUCGGCGCCGGCGGGGCACGUCCAGGGGACCGCGCGGGACGGACGCCCCAGCUGCCGGAGAUGAGCUGAAGGGCGGCCGGCGCGCUGGGACGUCUGGGCCGCCGCGAUGGGCGAGCAGGCCGCCCGGCCGGUCUCGGCCUGCGAGGAGCCGCUGGACGCCGACCAGCUGGCCGAGGGCGACGGCAAACGCUCCUUCCUCGACGUACUGCGAGAGAAGCGCGACCAGAACGCCGACAAGGUUAUGUUCUACGCCACGGUGCUGUUCAGUCUGGUGGCGAUCGGCGCGUUCUUCGGCUUCCUGUUCCUGGUGCCGUUCGUGAUCGAGCCGGCCGUGACGACCAUCCAGAUGGACUUUGAGGUGGAGCCCGUCACCUGCUGUGUGGUCUCGUUCACAGAACUAGCUGGAAAAGACAACUGCUCCGACUGGAGCUCGUGCCGCGAGGGCUGCACGCGAGAGAUUUACAAGUGUGUGAAGAUCCUGGUGGCGUACACGGAUGCGAAGGACUUUUCGUGCGCGGCGCGGCCGCCCAACCACCAGUGGCUGCACAAUGAGGCCUACCUCUACCCGAACGUGAAGGGGUGCGGCUACCCGCCGUCGCUCAACUGCACCGUGUUCCGUGACCGCUUCCGCGAGCCGAACGUGACGUUUUCGUGUCACUACAGCCGGCUGGACGCCACGCUGGUGAUCACGGAGCUAGACCCGCACCAAGUGCGCUCCGACCUGGUGGUGGCGUUCGUCGUGCCGUUCGUGUCGCUGGCCGUCUCCAUCGCCUUCCUCGUGUACGCCUACCACCGCAUGAAGCGGAAAGAGGCCGAGGCGGCGGCGGCCGACGCGCUGGCGCAGCGCACCCAGGCGCUGCUCGAUGCCGAGGAGGGAGAGGAGGGAGAGGACGAGGAGGGGUGCGGCGGCAGCGCGCACGAGCCGCCCGGCCGCAGCCACCCCGGCAGCAACUACUCGCUCAAAUCCAUCACCAGCAAAAUCAACUCGACCGUGGUGCGGCUGAAGCAGGGCCGCGACUGCCGCUCGGGCAGCGGGAGCGGCGAUGAGAUUGAGAUGGAGGAGGUGGGCGGCGAGGCGCGGCCGCCCAGCCGGUACCUGCAGCCGGGCCGGCUGCCCAGCGGCGGCGCCCGCCGCCACCUGCUGCCGCCCAUCGCGCUCGAGCCGCCGGCCGGCGCGGCGCCCGAGCCGGCCCCGGUCGCCAGCUCCACGGCUACCACCAGCGCCAACAGCACCAUCUCGCCGGUGGAGACGUAGCGGUACCGCUGCCGACAGGUGCGUCACCUAUGGAGUGGUCGGCGGCGGUCCGUACGUAUCCGCGACGUAGUUUGUGAUUUUCCUUGUAAGUGUGUUAUACUCUGUCCAGGUUUAGUUUGACGGCUCACGGUGAUUCCAAAAUAACAAUGUCACCUCGGUUUAUCCCAAUCUGCUAUGAAAUGUGAUAGCGCUGGCACGGAUCACCUUAUGUGAUCCGUGGCGCUGGCAAACGCCGGUGGUUUACGGGAAGGUAGGCCGACCGCAGCACUCCCGUGUGCGCCGGCACAGUCUAUGUUUCCAGGCUGACGCGAUCUCGCUGGGUGAGCCAGGUGUCUGGCUGUGUUUGUCUGUGUGUAAGCUGUCUGACACUGACCGGCCGUGCCUGGUCACCCCUCCCUUACCCUUCUGAAGCCGAGGGGUCGUUACUCCUCACAUCCUCUCACGCUGGAGAUCUGGGGGGCCAUCAUCUCUCCCAUCCCUACCCCCUGGGAUCCGAGGGCCUCAUCUCCUUCGUCCCUACCCACUGGGGAACUGGCGCCCAUCAGUCCAGCACCAUCGCCGGAUUUUGCGCUGGGCCGCGGAGGCAGCCGUUGUUUGUCAUUAUAAUAUCUCCUAAAGAAACCUUACUGUGUAGCUGAGCAGCCUACUUGAGCAGAGCUGGGCACUUACGCAUGUUAUGAAGCGGCGAUGGCGACGAUAUUUGGUCGCACGAUGCGUAACGUUAGAUUGCACCGGUGAUGUCUCAUCUGUUUUCAGUCCCCAGCAAUGUUCCCUACUUUAUUCGGCCGUGUCACCCUGACGGCCCCCUCCCCCAU